GAGUUCCGUGGGGAUCAUGGCGAACCCUCAGCGCAUUGACAAGGCAACGUUGGACAACAUGGGCAAGAAGGAGGUGCUGGAGGCGCUGCAGUCCAUUGCGUCCCUUCAGUUCCUGCAGGACUUGAAGCUGGCAGGUUCCGCCAGUAGCGUGCUCAAGAAGGCGAACAAGGACAAGCUGGUCGAGGCCUACGAGCUCUGCUUCGAGAAGGGCGCGUUUGGCACGGAGGAGGAGCGACAGGCCGAGCGACUUGCGCAGGAGAUGGAGAAGGCGAAGCUCGAAGAGGCAAAGAGCGCCAACCAGGCAGACAAGAGCAAAGAUAAGGAAGAAGCACAGGAGCAAGAGCCCAAGGGGUACAAACUCGUUAUGAUCAGCAAAGGAAACAAGAUGAAUUAUCCCAAGAAAGGCGACAAAGUGAAGGUCAACUACCAUGGAACGCUGCUUGACGGGACUGUCUUCGACAGCACCACAGAUGAGGAGUUUCUCAAGAAGAACAAGAGGAAGGCUCAACCUCUGACUUUCAAGGUUGGCUCGAACCAAGUGAUCAGAGGGUGGGACGAAGCUGUGCGGGAGAUGAGCGUGGGAGAGAAAGCGACGCUCACCAUCGAGCCGUCAUGGGCGUACGGAUCCAAGGGAGUGCCUGAGGCCGGGAUCCCCAAAAACGCAACUCUCGUGUUCGAGAUGCACCUUGUCGGGAUUAUUUGAGGGCUGCCGGGCUGGCAGACGUCUCAGUUGUCAAGUCUUUAAUGAUUUUCACUCCCACAGAAGAACAUAUCAUUUCAGUCUUG